AAAACCCCCGUACCUCCCCCGUGUCCCUGCGGCCGUCGGCCCCCGCCCGGCAGCCGGAUACGAGGCCGCGAUAGUCAGGGGCUCUGCGUCUUCUUGGCGCGCGUUGCUUCUUCGUUCGGACGCCCGACGCCGCUGCUUCCACUUUCCGCCGCCGCCGACACCGCCCAUUCGCGCGCCAUUCACAUUCACGACCAACCGCAUGAUUCCUUCUUUACGCUUAUUUCCCUCCGCAGUCCGUCCUGCCCUCUCACGCCAACGCGCCUUGUUUCACCAGUCAACCCGGGCCCACGGUGGCACCGUGGAUCUUCAUAUAAACUGGGGCUGCAGCACGCGUGCGCAGGGCUCACCAGACUCAGUUGCCAGCACUUUCGCCCGUCCACUUGCUCCCCGUCACAUCGUCAUUGUCCUUGCCCGCCGUGUCUUGCCUGACGGGUCUAUCUCCUAUCUCCUGCGCCUGCGCGCAUUUCCCACCUCGAGAGCGCGUCGUCAGCGGCCCUGCUGCCAUCUGCUACGCCCUCCGUCUGCUCAGUGCUGCCAGCCACAGCCAGGGAACCGCCAAAUUGUCUCAACCUCUAGAUCUCUCUCUUCCUUGUCUCGCACUCUGUUUCUAUUUUGCGAGCCUUCAUUUCGUCCAUGGCGCCGCGAAAGGGGAGCGCCACACUGGGCGCGCCCACUCUCCGUACCGCGCUUUCUGAAAGGCGGGGAUAGCGUCGGCCUUGGAGAACGCCAUAUCGAUACGCAAGAUCGCUAUCGUGAGGCUUGCCCUCUGCUUGUGACAGUCCCUCGCUCGUCGUACGUGUACUGCAGACCCGGCUGACAUGUGCUUGGCCUCGCCGCUUAACGCCUGGAUUAUGCCUGUUUCGGCCUCCUCUCGCUUUCCCACUCGAGAUUGCCCUCUGUCCUGGCACUCUGGACGGGCGACGCUGCUCAUACUCUUCUUCCCGUCUCUAGAGACAUAUCUAGCAAUCAUGUCCGGCCUGAUCUAGGCGUCUCAUCAAAGCUCUGGUGGCGAUUUACCUACUAUGGCUAUGGACGGACAAUGAACAACACCCAGGAGCAGCCUUGC